AUGCCCCAUUUCCGUUUAGGCCUGAAUUCGGGCCAUCGAAGGAUUUCAACGACGAAAAUGGCGACUCAGCGCCCUGUGGAGUUUGAGGAUCAGCUUCCUUGCCGAACGGGACCGCAAACAACGUCGGCUCGCAUCAACGUGGAGCAGAACAAGGAGAGCCUGAUUGAGAUCUCCAAGUACAAGUUUUCGCUGGUCAUCUCAGGACUCACCAAGAUCCUGCAGCGAGUCAACGAGAUGGUGAGUGCUGUGACCGCCGGUCGAGGCGAGGGGUCUCGAAUCGCGGCCGUUUCGCGCCUGAGAAAAUCAUCAGAGCCUGUUUGCUCCCGAUUCUGUGCCAUGGCACUCGAGUUUCGCCCAAUGACGUUAAGGCCUCUGACCCCGAGCGAAUCGAACUCCCCGCAGCGAGCGCACGGCCCAGACUUCGAGCGGAACUACUACGAGUCCCUGCUCAUGGUCCUGGACACGCUCGAGCGGUGCCUGAACGCCCAGCCACACGACACGACCCGCUUCGACGAGGCCAUGAACGUGAAGCUCCUCCUGAGGGAGAUCUGCCAGUUCAUCGACCUGCCCAACGACAACGCCAUGGUGGCGCAGCUCAAGACCCUUGCCUCCCGGGUCCUCUUCUCCCUCAGCCUCAACAACUUCAACGCCGUCUUCAGUCGCAUCUCGGCCCGAUUCCAAGAUGCUUUCGGCCCAGGGCUGAAAUUGUGGUAUAACUUCAUGUGGUCAUUUUGGAAGGAAGUACAGGUUGAAGAGGCGAUAUGCAAACUGAAGAGCCUGAAGAAGUCGGCCCACAUCGUCCUCAUCUGCUCCCUGGAGAAGGCCAUCUGGAACUGGCUGGACACGUACCCGGAGGAGUUCGCCAAGAUCCAGGUGAGUCGAGGCCCCCGAGCCCGCAGGCGAGCGGCGAGCAACCCGGCACUGCACGGCACGCUUCUCUUCCAGCGGAAUCCGAACGAGGACCUGGCCAAGUGCUGCGAGGCACUGUUCGAGCAGCUGGACACGUUCACGGAGAGCAACAAGCGGAGGGCGGCGACCUGGCCGCUGCAGAUGCUCCUCCUUGCCCUCUCCCCUCUAAAUAUCAUCAAUGGUCAGGAAAAAUGCUCUUGGUCUCCUGGUUCUCACAAAACACCUGUCAAUCCUGUACAGAGGAUCCUGGAGGAGCUGAUCAACGCAGACACGGGGGCUCCCUGCUCCCCGCGGCACCUGCGGAAGAAGCAGUUCCUGGACCAGGUGCGGAAGGCGCUGGUCCCGCACUCGGCCUCGAAGCCGCUCACCGAGGCGGCGGCGGUCGCCUGCAUCAAGCUCUGCAAGGUCGCCACGUACAUCAACACCUCCGACCCCACCAACGUCGUCUUCAUCCUCCUGCAGGGGGUCAUCGCCGACAUCAAGUUCCUGCUGUUCAACCCGGGGAAGCCGUUCUCGCGGGGGCAGAGCUUCAUCCAGCAGGACAUCGAGCUGAUGAUCGACUGCUUCGUGUCCAUCUUCCGCAUCAGCCGGGUGAGCGACGACGCGCUCAAGGUCUGCCUCAACCACAACUCCCCGGCCACGUUCCACUACGUCCUCGUCAAUUCGCUGUACAGGAUCAUCACCCAGCCGCGGCUGCCGUGGUGGCCGGACAUCAGCAUGAUGUACUUCAAGUCGACCGAGUUUCGCAACAUGUUCACCGACACCCUGACCAAGGUGACCCAGGGAUACGUCGGCUGCAUCUCCCACGCCCCCCUCAAGAUGAUCCAGAGCCUGACCCUGAAGGAGAAAAUGACCCCGCUGAAGUUCAAGGAGAAGCCAUCCGACGAGGGCCCGACGUACAAGAACCUCCUGCUCUGGCUCGUGCGACUCAUCCAUGCCGACCCCAUGCUCAUGCUUUAUAGCAAAGAGAAGACCGGGCACGAGAUCCAGAGCUCGACGCUGGAGCUGAUCAACGGCCUGGUGUCGCUGGUGCACCAGACGACCAUGCCGGACGUGACCGGGGAGGCCAUGGAGGCCCUGCUCACGCUGCACCAGCCGGAGAAGAUCGAGAUGUGGAACCCCGAGGCCCCGAUCAACACGUUCUGGGACAAGCUGGUGCAGCACCAGAUCGUCAACUACACCGAGAUCCUCAAGUGGCUGCGGGAGAUCCUCGUGUGCCGCAACAACUUCCUCCUCCGGCACCGGGAGUACGCCAACGUCGGCUCGCACAUCCCCGUCUGCAAGCAGGCUCACAUCAAGCUUGAGGGAGCUGUGGCUUGUGUCUGUCAUUGUAAGGGACAGUGUAGUGAAGAAGGAGAAGGCAGUGGUGCAGUGUAUCUGGCUGGGAAGAAGAAGGUCUUCCAGAGUCCCGUCUGCCGUCGGAGGUGGAGCUUCGUGGAGCCUGAGAUUGCAUUCGUGUCCUGGCGCGGAGUGAGACAGGGGCAUAGGGAAUGUUUGAGGCAGGAGGCAAGAAGUGGCAGACAGCCCUGGGACGAGGGAUCGGUGGUGUUCUUCAUCUACACGUGGAGCAUCGACAUCGAGGCGGUCCUCGUGGCGAUGUCGUGCUUCGCGCUCCUGUGCGAGGAGGCCGACAUCCGCAGCGCGACCGAGGAGCUCUCCAUCCAGAGCCUCCUCCCCAAUUACGGCAUCUACCAGGAGCUGGCGGCGGCGUCCACCAUCCUCACCACUGCUUCUGGCGCGUGCAUGCCCCUAACCCAACUGAUGCCGGUGUCUCUCUUCCUCCGAAAAGCCACCCUGGAAGGUAGGAUGCUGUCCCAGCAGCAUUACCAGGGUAAGCGAGCCGUGCGGCCGGAUGCGGCCGUCGUGCCC